AUGAUCGAUAAUCGAAAUCGAAAUGAUCGAUCAGAGUGUAAUUUUGAUGAAAUACAAAAUUUCAUUACUGACCUUGAGAAAGAUAUUGCUGCCACAUCAACAGAGACUGUGAAAGCAAGGCUUGUAAAAAAUUACCCUGGAAAGCUCAACAGUAAAAGGGACAAGAUCGCUGACUUUUGUAAGCGUAAGUUUGUUGAUUUUCCUAAAGAUAAGCUUUUAAGAAGUAUUAGUCGCUUAGCUUGGGAGGUAAAACUGCUAUCGAGAAACUAGCUGGCGACAUUAUAGAAUUAGUUAAAUUCUGUUUGUCGAGAGAAAUAACAGAUGAAUUUAAAGAUAUGUUUAAAAACUCAUCUGCUAGCUGUGAAUCUGCUUCUGCGAACUCACAAGAUAGUGUUAGAACACAUAAUUCGAUGAAAUUGAUAAAUUUAUAGCAAUGGCGGUGAAUCUGGAUAUCAAGUUAACUAAACUAAGAGAGGACUUUGAUCAGUCAGUAUCAUCCCUUGUAAAAGAGGUGUCUGAACUCAAGUCUAAUCUAGGGGGAAAACAAGCCAAAAUUCGUGCGCUUGAAUCAGAGUUAGCGACCCUUAAGGUUACAGGACACCCUUUUUGGAGUUUUGCGGAAAAUCGCUACUGCGCGCUCAAAAUCAGUCCGAUUUUCAUCAAAUUUUCACCAAAUGUUCGCCAGUGCAUGCAAAAUAUGAUAAAGUUAUAAAAUUAACAAACAAUAAAAUAAUGUAAGAAUUAUUCAGGAAAAUCUUAAAUCGCGGUACCGUUACGCUUUUGAGUUGUGCUCCUGCUGGUUUUAAGUUAUAUUUAUGUAAAUAUCAUCUUUAAACAGUAAAAUAGUUGUUCUAAAAAAUUGUGUUCGGAAAUUUUUGUUUAUAUCGUCAUUCCGCUGAUUGGCGAUUUCUUUGACGACUGCAAUAUAUUUCUGAAUUGUUUGAGUGAAUUGCUCUUUAUUAUUAAAAUAUCCAAAAUUAGAACAAAGCCGAACACAAUUUUGAAACUGACGUCUUUAGCUAUGUCCUGUGAAAAUUUGAAAGAAAUUCGUUAAAACCCGCAGGAGCACAACUCGUUUGAAAAUCAGUAAUUGCCGUAAAAUUCUUCGGGAGAAAAUUGAAUUUGAAUAUUACAUUUUCAAUGUUUUUCUUAUUGCAGCGAAAUGUAUUUUAUUAAAUAACUCUGCGAGUUUUCAACAUUUUUCGUUCAAACUUGGUCUGGUAGUAGAACUAGGCUAAUGCUUUCAUGAAGACCAAUAAAAAAAAUUUAGGCAAAAUUAACACUCAAAGGUGUUCUGUAACCUUAAGGGAAAUUAUAAGUCAGUUAUAGAAAAUACAAAGGGCAAAUUGGAAUCUUGCGAGAUCGAGCAAAAUAAACAUGCACAAAAUUUAAAAAUACACGAUUGUAAUAUUCAAAAAUUAUUCAAAGAUCUGGAUAAGUAUAGAAAAGAAACAAAAGCUACCGGCAAAAAACAAUCAAUUAAUAAAGGUCCAUUAGCAACGACUUCCGAAUGCGAUAGUUCGCUUUGUGAAGCUAAUAAUGCCAAUGCGAUAAUGCCAUAGUAAAUAAUGCAAAUUUGUGUGCUGAAAAUAACUCAGCAUCGAAAUCUAACUCUAACGAUAAUACCUUAUCGCAGAAAUCGAGUAACCAACUGCAGAAAUCCCAGGCGGAACCUCGCUGUGCAGACGAGCAUGAAAACUCAAAUAUAAGUGAAACCGCUAAAAAUCAAGUAUCUAUAAACAAAAGGUUAUCCAACCCAGAAAACACAGGAGAUUCUUGUCAUACAUUGUUUACCAUUAAUGAGCAAUCGCCUAAUUCGUGGGCGAAAAAAGGAAACAAAGAAAGUCAACCAUCCGUGUCAAAUGCAAAGCCAGAUGCAAAUACUGAUUAA